UGGACGGCCCAUAGUUGACGCUCCUCGGGAAUGGUUUGCAGUGGGCAACCCUCGUCACCGUCCGACGUUUGCCCAUCUUUGGGACCAGGCGAAAGUCGCCUUCAGCAGGACUUCACGUGCGUACGUACAGUAUGCCAAUGAGCUCGACACGCUUAGGCCCUCCAUGGUUAAUUGGGAGCCGUACACGGCGAAUGAUGCGCUGCAUCUUGGAGUAAGCAGCAUGUGUAGUGAGGAUGAAGACUUGUACUUGAUGAUCUGUCCUCUAAUUUGCUUCUAUGCUGUUGAGUGGCACCUUCCAAAUCGAGUAGCCCGCCAAUUUGGCUUGUGCCAGCAAUGGCCUGUCCCUCCAUUUGAUACUUCCGUGGAGCUGCACAAGAUUGAUCGUCAGAAGCAAAAGAAGACAUUUGAGUUUGAAACUUUGCAUCGUCAGUACAUAGAGGUGUGGGACCAGUUUCAUGACAACCUCUACGAAAAUGAGCAACCACAUACCAACUACAAUUUUCGUGCAUACCUUACUUGGUACCUAGGUGUUACACGAACAAGGUUGAAAAUUCAGUGGACCCAAGCAGAUUAUGCGUACCUUGAAUCAUCUGAGGAUGAGGACACUUCCUAUGACCUAGCAGCACGACAAGGGACACUUAUCGAGGCAGCACCUGUCUUGGACCGAGUGGGCAACGCAAUAAAGCAAUCUGUACUUGACAUCGAACGGUUUCCAAGAACAGGUGUGGACGAGCACACACUAAACAACUUUCUUGGAAGACUAGCACGUAGGCUUAGGCGUGCUGCAGCUCGGUGCGGUUGCGGUACUAGUGCUGCGAUGAAUGUGCAUGUGCCACAGGAACGACAAUGCAACACACCUGUUGUGCAUGGUAAAUCUUCUUUGGAAGGAUCUGGAGGACAGAGCUCGUCUCGGCCAACUAUGGACACUUUUCAAAGCGAUGAUGAUGAGGACGAAGAGGGGGUGGCCGAGGAGCGUGACUAUGACGAGCUUGGGUUAUCUCAGCUUCCUGAUGCUCCUUCUACUCAGCCUACGCAGUCAUCCUUGUCAAAAGAGAACUGUGGCUUCACCAGAUGGGUCGAUCCUAGACCUAUUCAUCCUCAUGCAGAGUACAUCUACUACCUGCAGGACCGUAUCUUUGAUUUAGAAACGGAAGUUAGCUGUGGUUACAAGGAUGACGAAGAGGACGACAACAGCAAUGCUACUGGCUCCCAAAACACAAUAUGCAAUGAUCCAUACUGCACAUGCCCUAAUCACAAGAACAAGGGCCCUCCUUCACCACCACCCCCACCACCACCACCAACAACGGGAGGAUACUAUGGAGAAGGGGCAACACAGUUUGCUAUGUGGCCACACUACUAG